AUGAGUUCUGCCAACACUGCUGCUGAACAGUUCCAGCAAGGAGAGUCUCGAACUUCUGCUCAAGACAUUCCUCAACAGCCACGCACGCAAAAAGAGACGACCACAUCUACUCCCGUCGAGAUGUCUAGUCUACCAAAGACCAACCCCCCAACCACCGAAGCAGAGCCCUCCUCCUCAUCACAACAAGACACGGCCUCGUCGGAACCCUUCAUGACCGGCCCCGUGAGAACAGACACACACACCGCCAUCUCACAGUCCCUGCACCCUCCUCCCCCGCUUCCUCCGUCAGCGGUCGUCGAUUCGCCAGCUCUCACGCGGACGCAUACAACGGCAAUUGGCCCGUCUUCAGAUUCACCAGUGGUUCCGGCAAAGGAUAUCGAGGUCACGGGCCCAGUUCUGGUGGUGACAUUACUGCUCACUUCGGGAGCGCGGCACCCGUUCCGACUAGACAACAAGUAUCUGAUCAAAAGGAACGUCGAGGUGGCUGAGAACGACCCGUUCAAUCUCAGUGUAUACAAAUUAAAAGAGUUGAUCCUCCGCGAAUGGAGGGAAGAGUGGGAAGCGAAACCCAGCAGUCCAAACUACAUCCGACUGAUUAGCAUGGGCAAAAUGUUGGAUGAUAAGGCGUCCUUGAAAGAUUACAAGUUUGGUACGGAAUCGCCAAAUGUGUUGCAUAUGACCAUCAAACCCCAGGAUUAUAUCGAGGAUGAGGAUGCGAAAGGCGGCAAGUCUUCAAUGGCGGGGAACCGUGAAACCGAGACCAGAAGCCCGGGGUGUCGAUGCAUUAUCAUGUGA